GUUUCUAUGUAUCAUUCUUCUUUGUUAGGGUUGCUAGUUUUUCUGCAUUAUGAAAGUCACAGAACAAAACACCUCACAAAUUGUUUGCAACACUGUUACUCCAAACUAACAUAAAAUCCAAUCUGAAAUAAUAAAAUCUAAUAAUAAUUUAUAACACUGUCAACAUGGUUCGAGGAUUUGUGAAAAACAAAAUGGCGGAUGGUGGUAAAGAUGAAUUUGAAAACGAGGAGGACCAGAAUUUGACUGAAAAUACAGAUGAUGAAAUAAUUUGGAAAAAUGAUUCUGACUUGCAUAAAUACGAAGAGAAAAAACUAAUAGAAAAUUCUGAAGAAGAGAAUAUAUAUUCAGAAGACACUGAAGAAUAUUCGUUCUUAGCUAGGAAACCAAAACAUGGGACUAUAUCUCAAAACUUUUUGGAGUUUUUUCAUUCUUAUGCAUAUGAUUGUCAAAAGUUUUUCAAUCUCUGUGUAGUUAAUAAAGAUAUUAUUGCCUUUACUUCUGGCAAUUUGAUUCAUUUUUUGAAUGUAACAGAAAAUACAAUUUCAUUCAAAAGAAGUUCUAUGGGUGGUGGUAUUGGUCACAUUUCUAAAAAUCCUACUGCUGAACAUUUUGCUGUAGCAGAAAAUGGCAUAAAACCGGUAAUAAUUAUUUACGGUUGGCCUUCUAUGAGAAUUAUAACUGUAUUGAAAGGUGGAACAACAAAACGUUAUCUUCAUUUGGCAUAUAGCCCUGAUGGUUUAUUGUUGAUAUCGCAAGGCGGUGAACCUGAUUAUUUUAUCUCUCUUUGGAAUUGGAAAGAUUACACAAUUAUUUUGCAAUGUAAAUCAUACAUUCAAGAUGUAUACAAUGUAACUUUUUCUAAAUAUAUUCCUGGCCAAUUAACUUCCAGUGGAUCAGGACACAUUAAGUUUUGGAAAGUAUCCAAAACAUUCACUGGAUUGAAACUUAAAGGGCAAACCGGUAAAUUUGGAAAUACAGAAAUUUCUGAUAUUAUAGGGAUUCACCCGAUGCCCAAUGAAACAGUAAUUUCGGGAUGUGAAUGGGGUAACAUAUUAUUAUGGGAUGAAAAUUUAAUUAAACUUGAAGCAUGUAGAAAAAAUAAAGAACCUGCGCAUACAAAUUAUAUUAUUCAAUUUGAAUAUAUUAGCGGGGAACUUAUAUCAGUAGGAUUAGAUGGAUGGAUACGAUUUUGGUUUUAUGACACUAUUGAUCAUGCUGAUCUUCCUGAUGGAGAACAACUUCUUGAAUUACAACCGAUAUAUGAAUUUCAUAUUACAGAAGGAGAAAAGCAUUCUCAAAAAAAUGCAAUGCUCAUGAGUAUUCAGAAAAAAGAACCAAACGAUUCGGAAAAAACAAUUUGGUAUGCCCAGGAUGGAAAUGGGGGAUUAUGGUUACUCGAUCUUUGCACUAAUAAAAAAGAACACUUACAGAAGAAGAUAUUUACAUGUCAUGCUGGUCCUAUAAUUGAUAUGGACAAAGCAAAUUGGGGUCCAUUUAUUGCAUCACUUGAUAAAAGUGGUCAGUUACAUAUUUAUAAUUAUGUCGAAAAGAAAUUAAUAGUUGUUUACAUGUUUCACGAUAAAGGAAGUCAAGUAGUUUGGUUACCUCCUCAGAUUGAAAAAACGGGCUCUACUAUUAUAUGUGCUUUUCAAAGUGGCAUUAUUCGAAUGAUAACAGUAGCAGUAAAGGUAGCAGAUACGGAGAAUAACAUAAAAGGAGAUUAUACAAGGUUGAUUCAAAUAUUAAAACCACAUUCAAUGCCAAUUUCUGUAAUGUCUUAUAAUAUUUCAUGUAGUUUAUUAAUAACUGGUAGUGAGGAUGCUACUGUUUUUAUAUUUAAUAUACAUUCUACUAAGACCUAUCCAGAAAUUAUACCUAUCGGUUAUGUAAAAGUUCCAUCAUCCGUUACUUGUAUGCAAUGGAAUCCAUUAGAGGAAGCAACUUUGCUAAUAGGAUGUUUUAAAGGAGACUGUGUGGAGGUACAAUUACCUACUACACCUCAAUCAUACACAACUACUUCUUAUGAAUUAGUUAAGUGUAAAUGGGCAAAAUUUAAAUUUGAAUCGGUGAAGUCUUCAAUACAAAGAGAAAUGGUAAUAAAAAAGUAUGAAGAAGAGAAAAAAAGAAAAAUUACAGAAAAAAAGAAAGAAAUAGAACAAUUAUUGAUUGAGAAUCCUCAUAUUGUAAUCGACGAAGAAACAUUUUUUGCGGAAUUCAAUAAGGAGAAGAUAAUCCUUCCAGAAAUUCAUGUUCCUGAAAUUCCAAACAGAAUUUUAAUAGUAGAAUAUGGUACCAAUGAAAAUAUAUGGCUGUUUGUAGCUGGUUUUGAUGCAGGAUACGUUUAUGAAUAUCCGCGUCCACUUUCUGGAAAAAUAAAAGAUGGCAAACCGAUUAAUAGUAGAAUAAUUGAAAAUGCAGAGGAUAUGGAGAUGCACAAUUGUUUUUUCUACAAUAACAAGAAAUAUUUAUUCUUGGGAACACAAUACGGAGAACUUUAUGUAUGCAAGAUGAAGAAUAAUGAUCCAUUAGAUUUCUCAGAUUAUUGGAUUCUUCCUGUACAUGAUUAUUAUAAUGGACACAUAUCUAAAAUGUUAUUAAGUUAUGAUGAGAAAAUGCUUCUGACAUGUGGUUAUGAUGGAAACAUAUUUUCCUUUAUGAUCAAUGAUAAUGCUGCAGGUGAAAGUGUAGAAAUACCAGUUAUAGAAGACCCUUUGCCUUUACCUAAAAGUAUUGAAGAUAUUGAAGAUGCUGACUAUCCAAGCUUGGAAGAAGUAAUUACACAAAUGGAACGCAAUCGGAUUAUUUCAUUUGCGGAAAAGAAGAAGGAAGAAAUCUUGCUAAAUAUACGUGGCUUAGUAGAAGAAUAUGUUCAAAUUAUUAACAGGAAUAAAAAACUCUUGCCGUCUCAGCAAAUACAACAGUUUGAAUUAGAUCCUAGAAUUACAGAAGACUUAGAGCAACAUUUGAAAGAACAAAUCGUUUUGACGCAAGGAAAGCUAGAAUUUCAAGCAGAAAAAAGUAAACUGGAAUUAGAAAAAUUAAUAGAUCAUUUUGUUACACCUGUUACAUGUUUACCUUUUGCUGUAUGCAGUAUAUUGAAUGAGAAUAAAGCAGUACAUUCCAUAAGAGAAUUAAAACUAAAUAUUGAUAAGAUUUCGAAACAUGUGGGAGUAGCAGAACGUUUUGAAGAGCAACAACAAGUGCACAAGAUAAUACAAAAAGAAAUGGAAGAUAUUAAAGAAGAAACAGAUGAAGAGGAAAUACACUACUUAGAAGGAUUUUUAGAUGAAAAUUAUAGUGAUUUAACAUCUGGAUUAGGAAUUCAAAUUAAUCAGAUACUGUUAAAAUACAAAGAGAAGAAAGCAAAUUUGAUUCAACGACAGAAAGAAUGGCAAAAAUUACAUUCUAGAAAACCGAAUUUAGCUAAAAGUCGUAUGGAAGACGCAAUUUUUGUUGAGAAAACAAAGAGAGCUAUUGGUGAAUACAAUUUAAAGACAACUACAGGUUUUAAUCUAGCUAUAAAGAAACAAACAGCUGCUAUAAAAUAUAAGCAACUGUUAGAUUGCAGAAGCAAGCUUCAUCACUUGCGCGAAGAAUUUAAUGCAAAACUAAAUGCAGUUAAAGUAAAAAAACAAAAACUGCAGGCAGAAGUCAUCAAAUUGAUAGAAACACUUAAAAGAAUUCAUGCAGAGAUUCCAUUUAAAAGUAUGAAACCUUUGCCACAUCCACCAAAAUUAGAUUUUGAUAUUGAAUUUCCUGAACACAAGCUUGAGCUCGAAAAGUAUAUUUCAAUGACAGAAAAGGUGCAACAAGUGAAACGACAAAGACGAUCAUCAACCAUGGAUUUACCAGUAGAUCAAGUUGACUUAGAAUAUGAAGUAUUGCUCUGUGAUGAUAAAAUGACUCUUGGAGAAGAAAUAGAAAGCCUUUCUACUCUUGUAUCUUCAUCAAAAAUGAAAAUAAAGGAUCACUUAUCUACGCAAACUGACUUAAUACGAAAUCUAAAUACGAGCGAUGCUGUUCAAACUUCAUGGGAACGUGAAAUGAAACGCGCCCGCAUGUGGCGCAAAAUAUACGAACAAGAUUGUAUUUUACGAUAUAUCUCUGACAGUUAUAAACAACUGGAGUAUGAAUUAAAUAAUUUAGAAGAAUAUAGGCUUGAUGUUGUAUAUCAAAGUGCAUAUAUGAAUUUGUAUUUAUUAACACUUUAUGAAGAAUUUAUAAUUCUUAGAGAGUGUGAAGCAGCGGAAUAUACUCUUGAAGAGAAGGUUAAUCAAAAGUCAAAUGAACAUGCUGUGCUGACAUUAAAAAUCCAAACUACUAAUAUUAAAAUCGUAACCAGAGAAGAAGAAAUUAGAAAGUUGCACUCAAAGAUUAAAGAGAUAGCCACUGAAUUCACAAGAGUCAUAGCUAGAAACAAAUUUUAUGAUUUUCUUCAAAAAGUAUUUAAAAAAAAAUCCACAGCUAUGAAAGAGAGAAAUGGCUCUGCAGAUACAGUUACACAAUCAUCAGAGACUAGUACCGAUGAAACCAACAGUACAGUAGAUUCUGAAACUGAACAGAUUUUAUUUGAUGAAAAUAUAUGUCCACCGGGAUGUGACAAACAGUUAUAUGAAAUGACACUUUCCAUGAGAGAAAAACGAUACACAUGCGAAUCUCAGAUUAGGGAGGAACAAAAAGAAAUUGAAUUGUUAUACAAAGAAUUAGAUGCAGACACUAAAAGCUUAAGAAUUGUUGAAAAUAAUUUAAGAAUCAAUCAAGAAGACUUGAAAAAGUUUAUGGUGGAAAAACAAAAGAAACUAAACAACAUUGAUGUAACAAUUGUAUUAAAAAUGCAUCAACUGCAACACAUAGAUUCUGGAUGUACUACAGAGAUUCAAGACUGUGUAGUUUUUAAUAGGCAGGAAUUAUCAAAUUUGUAUGCUAGAGUAGGAGAAUUGCAAAAAGAAACUUUAGAUUUAGCAGAACAACGGAAGAAAAAUGAAACGCAUCUUAAAAGAAUAAAAUUAGAUUUGAAAUAUAUGGAAGCACAAAACAAAAAAUUAGAGUUAGAAAUUAAAGAGAAAAUGAUACAAAAAUUUGGUCGAAAAGUAUCUUUGAUCAAUCUAUACGAAAUUGUUUUGCAGAGAUUGAUAUAUGAAACCAAAACGGAUAUACAUAAAAUUAUGAAGAACUUCUCCGAAGACAUGAAAAAUGUAAAACGAGAUUGUAACGAAGGUUUAAUUGUUUUAACAAAUUUAAUUCGAAAUAAUACUGAAAAAGUAAGCCUAUUAACAGUGUUGGAGAAAGAAAAGAUUAAACUGAAAAAAAUAUUGAAACAACUUCCAAUUUCAGAAGAAAGUAUGUUGCAAGUAGAACUUCAGCAUCAAGCCGAUAUAGCUGCACUUGAAAGUAUUCUUCACAGUCAAGUACAACAGAAACAUUUGCUUCAGUAUGAUGUAGGAAACCUUAGAAACAGACCAAAAAAAUUGCUUCACACUUCUGUGAAGGAAAACGUACUAUAAAGAUUCAUGUAUUACAAAAAUAAAAUAUAACAAUUUACAGUAUUGUAGUAUAGAAUCUGAUCAUUAUCCAUAAGAAUAAAAUACUGCAUCAGAUUUG